GAAGGGGGUGGCUUUAUGGUGAUUACCCGACCGAAAGGUGGGAACAGGUCGUUUAUGGAUUUGGGGGAAGUCAAAGCGUGUCGGGAUCUGGGGUUCGAGCUGGAACACGAGCGUUUGUUCGAGAUGCCCGGUCGUGUUUCGUUGUCGGCUUCCACUUUCGAUAAUACUACCAGUGGUAGCAAUUCCCCCAUUGCUAACCGGCGUAUUUCUAGCCCUGGUGAUGACCCUAGAGAUGUCAAGGCUCGGCUGAAAGUGUGGGCACAAGCAGUGGCACUAGCAUCCACAGCCAAGCACUGAAGCUACUCUCAAAUAUAAUCUAUUUUGGUAUUCUUCUUCGCUUUACUUCCAAAAAAAAUUUCACAGGUUUCAUAAGACAAUUCCGAAUUACAUUUUUUAGGAAUAAUGUUAGAUGAUUAUCCUUUUUUCAUUUAUUUGUGUAUAGCUUUGGAUUUGUA